AUAUUCAUGAGCUGUAGUGUGUACAUUGAGAGGUGACAAUUUUGAAAAAAAUAUAUUUUUGUAGUAUAAAAGAAGAUUGUUUCUAGAUCUAGUUUUUUUUUCGUUUACAUUUUCUGCUUAGGAAAUGUAAAAGCGUUUUGGGUAUACCAGAGCGUGUUGCUAUUUUCAACCAACAAUUAUUCUUCACUAUUAUUAUUAUUUUAUUCAACAGAACAGGCAAGUUUAAGUUAGUAGUAUUAGUAUUACUACUAAGUGAAAGUGAUUAGUCAGAUUAGUGAUCCAAAUCCAACAGCUACAAAUCAUAACCUCCCUUAAACUGACUUAAAAAUAUUAGAAAUUUAGUAGUUAGUAUUUAUUAGGUAGUAUUAUUAGUAUUACUAGUAUUAUUAGUUAUUAGUAGGCAAAAAUCAUGACUGCUAAAUUUUAUGUAGAAGACUAAUAACUAAUAAUUGAAUUAAUAAUUGACUAAUAAUUUAUAAUUAAUUACAAUUAAAAGUCACUUACUAAGUCUUAUUACUCUUAUGUAGUAUAAUUAAUAAUAAUAUAAUAUAAUUUAUGCUGUACAGUACCUAGCCUGGGUGAAAAAUAAACUUAGACUUAUAGUUUUAAUGAUUUAAUGUGUUCAAAGUUAAAUUAAAAGAAAGUUAAAUUUUUUAGUGUGUGAGUGUGACUGGUGACAACACAAGACAAGUACUAAAAUUAAAAAGGUUAUGUCCAUGUGAUGCAUUAGUUGAUUAGUAAUUAAUAAUUUAAUAAUUAAUCGAUUAAUAAAUUAUUACUUAACUUAAUAUUACAUCGAGAAAUGUAAAGUAAAUAGUAAAACAGUAAUUUCAGUUUCAGUAAAUAGGCCUACUUAUAAAUUAAAUUAAAUUAUAAAUACUAUUACCAUAAUUUAUAACUAUAAAUAAUUACUAAAUUAUUACUAUCUUACUGAUAGUAUCAUUGAUCAUACACUUAAGUCUUACUAGUACUAGUCUUACUUCCUUUCCUUCUUUAUUUUAUUAUGCAUACAGUGCAUAUUGAAUAUACAUUUCAUUGUUGGGUUAUUUUCUAAAAAAAAAAAAGUAAUUUAUUUUAAUUAAUACACUACUGUUCCAUAACUGUUCAGCUUUUUUAUAAAAGUAAAAGUCAGAACAUUUUACUACAGUUACAAUUAUUGAAUCAACAUUGACAUUGUGGUAUGGUCGUUGUAAGACUCAGAGAGGAUGGUAUGUGUCAAUGAUUUAAAUUUAAGAAUAAAACUACUGUAGUUUAUAAGGUAUUGGGGUUCAGAGUUAGACUAAGUCACCCUCUGACAAAAGUUUUGUGAAGCACUUAUUUAUUUUGUGCCAUCAUAUUAUAAUAUAUAAUAAAAGCCAAUAUCAGAGGAUUUACUGGAAUUGAAAUCUCUAUAAUCUAUAUCUUAUCUUAUUGUUCAAGGGGUAAUAAGGGAUGAGAGGCUGAAUCAGGUUAGGUUAAAGGAAAAUUAAAUUUGUGAAACAAGUUAUAGAGAAGCCUGAAAAGGGGGAGGCUAAAAAACAACAAACUUGUCAGCAAGAAGCCUUCUUCAGCUAAAACAUUACAAACAAAGAGUAACACAAAAAUAAAAAAAAUUAGCUAAAAAGUUGUAUCCGAGAGGACAGAAAGAGGAAUGAUCUAGGGCUGUGGAUAAGAAUAACUUUAAUCCUGUUACAAUUGUCACUCGCAGGAGAUCUGAAGGCAUCAGAGAUAUUUUUAACCUGUUGAAAGGCUGAUGAAAGUAUCGUUUCUUGGUAAGAUCUACACUAGAAAAAGUCAAUAAUCUCAAAUGCCUUGUCCCAAAGGGUAUUCACAUUGAAGUACUUUAACUGCUUGCAUCAUAAAGGAUCAUUUUAAUUUAUGCUUGAAUGUUUUUUUACCUUUCAGUUUGUCAAAAUGACUAAGUUUGAGCCUUGGAUACUUUUCAUGGUAGCCUUUUUAGCCAGCGAAUCUUUAGCUGAUAUUUAUCUUCAUAUUCCAAGAGGCAGCAACAAUCGACUCAAUGAGAACACAGCCACAAGAGCAAAUGCUAAUAGACUUUUUGACAGUCAGGUUAGUGUGAAUAUUUGUGUUUUUCCACUGAUUGGCAGGUUCUGGGAUAAUAGAUUUGAUGGUCCCUGUUAAUGGCACUGGGAGUACUACCACCUGACCACAUAUUUUAAAAAUUAAAGUAGGCAUAUUCUGUGAUAAUUCAUUUUUAUCUGGACAUCGCAUAAACUUUUACUAACUUGCAAUAAUUUAUAAAAUUCUUCCUUGAGGCAUUUACUUAUCCAACAUUUCCCCUCGCAGCCUGUAUGUAAUCUGGCACCUGCCCACCACAAAGGGAUUUUAAGUUAGCCACUGCUUUCACAUAUGCACUAUUUACCACAAAGGACAUAUCUGUUAAUUUGUUAAAUGCCAUCAUUGGACUAAUUUUGUACACUCGAUAUAACCUAGUUUUUAAGGUAGUUAUCAAUCUGCAUGUAUUAAAGAGGCAUUAAUAUUAAAACUGAAUCAUGUUUACACUAUCAAACUCUUCUUUGUGCUCAGAACAACAACAGAGGGGGCUACAAUGUUGGAGAUAAAACAGAUCAAGCUUCUGGUGCGACAGAAGAUAACCAAUACAAUGAGGUAAAGACAUCUUUUAUAUUCCCCAUUCAAAAUCAGCUGGUUAAUUGAUUCCUAGUUUUAAACAGUUUGUGCAUCUUGUACCACUUAAAAACAAUAAUCAAUUUGCCAUUGUUGAAACAGUUAUGUAAAUUGCAAUUUAUUAUAAUGUUAUAUUCUUUUUAAAGUAUUUCAAUUCUCUGGUAUAUAUUUUUUACUUCCUAAAAGGGUAAACAUGUGUUUAUUGUUCUCUAGAUGCACAUUAGUGCUUAUAGGAUAAUCUAAUUGAUUAGUGUUGCAGCUCUUCUCUGUCUUAAUAUAGUUUCAUGAUAGCUUCACAUCGUAUAAAAUCAAUGACACAACAUUCAGAUUUGAAAAAAACAUUUUUUUUUAUUUUUAUAACUUUUGUUGUUUAUUUUAGUUUCUGUUGAGGAGAGGCAGUCUUAGUUUUUUUAAAUAAGCUUCCACAUAUUCUUCAACAAAUAAGCAAAGAAUGCUUGUUGUAAGGAUAUACAUUUGAGUGAUGUUGAUUUAAGUCCACAAAAUGUAAUAGUAGUUUUUAUGUUGUUUCUAUAGAAAUACUUCCAAAGUGGAAACUAUAAAAAAUAUUCAAAUGACCAAGGUAAAAGCUUUUUGACAAUAGAAUGGACCAAUCAGCAUGGAUGUGGGGGAAAUGAGAAUUCAAGUCCUCAGAAGCAAAAUUGUGAUCUUGUACUACAGUACAUGUGUCAAGAUGAGCCAGCUACAGGAGGUAAAGUAUUGAGUUAGCCGUGAUGGUGGGAUAGAUAUAUAUAUAAAAAAUUUUUUUAUUAUUUAAUUAAAAACUUGACAUAUUUAUCAUAUUUCAUUAUCCUUAAGUUGUCUUCAUUUUAUGACAUAAAUUAUUCCAGAAUAAUUAAAAUGAGUGAUCUGCCAUUUUAUAUGUAAGUGGCUUGUUAUUUUUUUUUUUUUUUAAAGUUCAAACCUCUGAACCAUUGAAAUUUGUUAUUAAACAAACCAAAACCAUUUACACUACUUUUAAGUAUUGUUUUUCUUAGAUUUUUUUAUGGAGUAUGAUCAUUCUGUGUGUUGGUAUUGAUAUUACUAUUGCAUUGCAAUUUUCAUUACCACUUAUCCGUUAAACAUUUGUUUUGAAAAAUACUAAGAUACCUAAUAGUAUUUUUUCUAUUAAUUUAGCUGAUAGGCUGAGAAAUGGUGUUGUCACCAAUACACAGGACUACACCAAACCUACAAAAGACAACUUAAUGAAUGAUCGCAAGAGUACUGAUGUCAAAGAAAACAGGGGCCUGCAUGAGAAAUGGGAUUGGUACAACAAAUGCUAUUUAAGAGAAAGAAAUAAAGGUUUGGAUGAAUGUCCACGAUAUUUUGCUACAUUGAUAUUCACUCUUUAUUUUAUACCUUAGCUCUUCACAAGUUAAGUUGGUCGAAACAAAAAAAAAUUAAUUUCCUUUAAACUUUUAUGUAUUUCAAAUAAAAAAAAUCUUACAGGUCAAAAUUUACAAACACACUUUAAUUCAUUGGAAGCCUUUACCCAGAAAUAUAUGGUUUCAAGUUGCAAAACCUUUGUAGAGCUCCAUUAAUUUUGAAUGGAGAAAACACCCCACCACCCUUAUUAUGAUAAAAAUUGAAAGUAAAUGGCUUCAUUAUAUGUUUAAAUGCUUGAGUUUCUUUUUUUAAUAUUUUUUUUUUCACUUAUCAUAUCAAUGUAUAUUAAUGAACACAUUUUUCCUUCUGCCUUAAUUAAUUUAAUAUAAAAAUACAAUUUCAGGGUUGUUUGUUGCUGAUCAGAAGCUUACUGCUAACAAUGGCCUGGGUUAUAGUAGCGCCAUCUACACCCGUCAAAAUCCAACAGGGAAUCGUUAUGGCUAUGAGUGCCCUGAAGAGCGGGAUUACUUCCCUUAUUGGCAUCCAACUCCAUGGAAAGAUAUUGCUGUUUUAGCGGAGAAUUCGUCGAUGUGCAGGUGAAAACCCUAUUAUGGAACAUGACUGUAAAAGAGAGAGGAUGGGGGGUUAAUGCCCCUUAUUUAAUUAUUAUUAUUAUUUAUGUUGCAUUGUCAGAAUCCUAUUUCUAGAGCAGCUAUUCAGCUGUUGUGUUAUAUAAACAAAUUCUGCCAGUAUACUUUAAACAAGAAUUAAAACUUGAAAUGAGUAAAUUAAUUAAAUCAAGAUUUCACAAUUAAAGAAUUCAGAAUUUAUAGUGCAGGGAAACUAUACUUCUGAAAAUUGUCUAAUAGAAAGCCUACGGAGCUGAACCAUUGGUCAAUAUUAAUUUCAUUCCAUUCCACUGAGGGGUAUUUCUCUAGAUAUGUAUAUGAUAACUAAAUGUGUAUAUCUUGUUAAUCCAUAAAAAUCAUUUUUAGGCAUCCGAGAAAGAGUUUAGCAGAGUUAAAACAAAAGGGAAAACAAAAACCGUAAAUGUAAAAGUAUAAUUUUCAAAUCUUUGUGUUAAACCAAUUCUACUACCAUAUAAUUUAUAUUAUAAUAAAAUGAAUAAGAAUUGAGCCCCCCUGGGAAUGCCUGGUUAUUUCACUUACUGGUCAAUUUAAAAAUAUGUUUACUUUUUUUUAAUGGAACACGUUAAAAGAUCUAAUAUGUAUUUUAAGUUCAAAGGUCAAUUUCUUCUGUCAGCCACUACACAAGUAAGAGCUUCAAUGUUCAGCCUUAUGGAGAGUGCAUCAAGUCAGACAAUGCCUCAAUGUUCAACAAUCAGAAAUCAUGCACAGACAAUGGUGGUACCUGGGCUUUGCUGUAUAACUAUUUAGAAAAAGCAUCAGGUAAAAUGGCAUGGCAGAUUGAAAGUAUAGGUAUUAUGACAUUGGCCCAAACAGUGUUGCGGAACCUUUUCACACUUUAUAAAACAGAUGUACUACUGGUAUCUUUUGACUGUCCAAAAGGGAAUUUAUCAAAACAACAAAAAAAACAGUGGACACUAUCUUAUCAAGAUUCAAUCUUUUUCUUGGGGUCAAAAGGAAUAUUACCAAUUGUGACAUGUUUCAUAUUGUAUAAAAAUCAAAUUUUGAACAAGAUUUGGGUGAAUCGACUAAAUUAUUAUUUAGCUAUCGCUCUGCAUCAACCAAAUAUAUUCCUCACCAAGUGUGUUAUGAACAUUAAUAUUAUGUUGUUUUUUUUUGUCAGUAUGGGAGAUUUUUUUUCAGUUAAAUUUUUGUAUGACACUUGGCUUUAGAUGUUUUAACUCUUCUUUGCGCAACCACCCCCCCCCUCUCAGACAAGAAAUCAAAGUCAGCAUGUGAGAAUACACAGACAACUGGAUACACAUACAAAUGGGAGGUAGCUUACGACAGUCCAUCUUAUCAACCAGAGUGCCUGAUUUUGCUGGAUGCACCAUAUUGUGAAGAAGCACCCUGGUCAAGGUAUGCAAAUUCAUAAAACUCAUUUUUGUUAUUUUUCUAAGCUGUCCAGGAGCAACAUAUUUUCAAGUUUUAAACAACUGCGGUCAUGUUGACUAAUUGUGAAAAGGUUUGGGCUGUGAAUAAAGUUUUAGUAGAUUAAAAACCACAAAUUACUUACAGAAGAUGUUGGUGACUUGACGCAGUUUGAUCUGUAGAAUAAAUUAAAAUGAAAGCUUUCCAAUUAGAUUUAUUAUGUUUGUUUUUUUAACAUGUUAGUUUAUGCAUUGAAUGUUUUGAAGAAAAAAAAUUAGGGGAAUGUCUUAUGUGAUGUUGAUUUUAAUUCAAGACUUUAAAAAUUAUUGCUUUAUUGUACUUCAGAUCAAACCAUUUAGGCAAUGGUAGAAAUGGAGUUCCACUGAAUUAUACUUGGACCAUUCCAUUUUUCCCUUCAGGAAAGUCCAAAAGAUGUGCAUUCAGGUUUAGGUAAUUUUAAUUGUCUCCACUAACUAUAAACACUGCUGAAUUCUUCUUGAAAGACAAUGAACAGAGCUAAUGGUUUAUUAAUGAUUAUGAAUCUUUUGGUUUUAAUAAUUUUAAUUAAAAAUUUUGGAAAAAAAACUGCUCGUUUUGUUCACUUCAAAAUCAAUCCCCAUUGUUCUAAUUACAAUCUUAUUUGAAAAAGUACACUCAUCUACAAUUUGCUCAUCUUUCUUAUUGAAAUCCAUGCUAAGUUGAUCAAGUGAUCUAAAACUAACAUUAAAAGCCCCAGAUUAGGUAUUACAAAAAAUUUUAUUUUAUUUUUUCAUUAAAAAGACUUUUUCGCUUAUUGUCAAAAACUAAAAAUUGUAUUCGUUCUUCACUUAAAACAAUAAUGAUUUAAACACUGGGCUUAAAAAACUUUAUUUCAUUUUUUUACAGAUACAAUAUAAGCACUGAUGACUACAACCCUUACAAAACAGACUACAUGCAGAAUGAUGACUUGUUAGUAAAACCAUAUUUAGUUACUUAAAAUUAUGUGUACUGCUAUUUUCUAUAUUAACUGCAUUAGGCAAUCAUUUUUUUAAUCUUAAAUCAAAAUACUUUAUAAUUUCUAGAGUAAGUGUUAUGAAUUCUGUCAGUGAAUAAAAUUUAUUCAUAUAUUAUAAUUUUAUGUUUAUUUUAGCCCAGCUCAGUCACCCAUCAAACAAAAUCCGUAUGUUUAUGUGAUGAACAAACAGUCCCCGCUUCGCCUUGCAAUCAACACAGCCCAGUACGGGAGAGUUUUUCAAGACAGAAGCCAUAGAUUUGAUCUGCGUGCAAGACCUCCAGGCAUUGAUGAUGGUCGCAUUUACAAUUUGAAUGUUCGUGGAAAGAGGGGCAACAUUGUCCAGACAUUCCCAGCCGUUGAGUAUGAUUUUUCACCAAACACACUUGAGGUUAAACAGAAUGAUUUGGUUCACAUUCAAUGGACAGGUAACUAUAAAACAGCCGUAUUAACACAGCAUUUGUCCAUACAGAUGUACGAAAGUAGAGAUUAAAUACUCAAUAUUAAUCUUAUUGAAACUGUAGAUGACAAUGCUAUUGAAGCUAUAGAUGACAAUGCUAUUGAAACUGUAGAUGACAAUGCUAUUGAAGCUAUAGAUGACAUUCAGUCAGGGUUUAUCAUUACUCAUUUUCUUAAUGUGCUCUUCAUGGGCGUAUCCUUCACUUUUUGUGUCUGCCUCCAGCUUGUGCCUCCAUGUAUUCUUUUGCCUUCCUCUGUUCUUUUUUCCCUGUGGUUUAUGUCUUGGGUAUUGUCUGGGAAUGCUUAAAGAAGAGAGUGCCCUAUUCACCUCCAUCUUUUCUUUGUGGUGACUUCUUGGUAUGUCCUCUCCAGUAAGUCUUUGUUGCUGAUGAUGUUUGGCAAUUUGAUGAUGAAUAUCCAUCAUCAAAUUAUACUCUCAUUGGUUGAUUGCUUAGGAUAUAGACUAUACAAAAUCACUAGUUGGUAGAAAGGUUUUGGUGUGUGCCAAUUACAGGUACGUCAGCCAUAAAAACUGAUUGUGUUCUUCCUCCACAGGCUCCAAUACACACAAUAACAAUAAUCCAGCAGGUGAUGGCCAAGCUGGUGAUGCAGGAGAGGGAAGAGGAGGUAAACUACUGUGAUUUAACUAAUUAUAAUAUUAAGGGAAUUGGACUGCGAAUGAAGCUCAAGUAGAGUAAUAAGACACAAACAAAAAUGUAUUUGACUUUCUAUUCUUAUUUCAUGCCAAGCUUAAAACAAGAUUUCCCUAUUGAUGAAACACCAUCCUCCUUUUUUCAGCAAGGGAAAAAACAUUUAUCAACACACAGCUUUCACGUCUAUUUUAUUUGACAGGAACUGAUCGCAGUAACUUUGUGGAACUAAGUGACAGAAGUGCCAACUUCCCGACACCUCAUGAGAAAAUUAGUUUUGUCAAUGAUGUUGAAGUGGUCUGGAACUACUUUGAUAAGAAAAACCUAACACCCAGAGACUUGGCCAUAAACUUGGCCUCUGCUGGUUAUUACAGGUACCCUAAGAGUCUCUUCCACCAGUCUGACAGACACAAAUAGCACCAUUCAGAUGUUAUGAUAUGAAUAUGAAAUACAUAUAUAUGUUAAGAUUGAUUACUGUAACUGAUGUGAAGGAAUAGGUUUAUUUGAAUUCAUUAUAUGAUUAAUCUUUUAUCUGUUGUUACAUUAAACUUGCGUGGUCAAUAUUCUUAGUUUCAUAAAUCUGUAAGUUUACAUGAUUUAAAUUAUAUAUUAUAUUUAAUUUUCUAAAUUGUAAGCUUACAUAUUUAGAAAAUUAAAUAUAUAAAUAAAAAUGGCUUUUUUGGUGUCAUCAUUCAGUUAACACUCUACAGGGGCAGAGGCUACUAAAAAGGUCUCUCCAUAUUGCCCUGUCAAUAGCCAGCCUCUCCAUUCACAUCCAAGAUCUUUUGACUCUCAAUGUAGAUCCCAAGAUCUUUUGACUCUCAAUGUAGAUCUCAAGAUCUUUUAACGCUCAAUGUAGAUCCCAAGACAUUUAGACUCUCAAUGUAGAUCCUUAGAUCUUUUAACGCUCAAUGUAGAUCCCUAGACAUUUAGACUCUCAAUUUAGAUCCCUAGAUCUUUAGACUCUCAAUGUAGAUCCCUUCCCUUAUUUUAUGAUCAAGUGCUAAAACAGAAAUUUCAACAUUUGUCUCUUUUUAACAUUUUCAGAUGUGCUGAUAAUAAAACCUGCCCAGAAGCAAGCAAUGCUGAAUACCUGGUUUCAACUAAAACUAAGAUCAACAACCUUCUGGACAAUGCACCGGCAUCUUACGAAGGGGUGUUGUUAAAAUGCCUGAAACGUGGUGUAUAUAACUACAUGUGCACUCGCAACAACAGCUUCUCCAACAGGAGUCAGAAGGGAGCUAUAGUUGUAAAGUAGAUGUCUCUGUUUCGGAAAUUCAAAGGAGUUGGGGAUCUUCCUGUUUCUUUUGUGAUACUUUAAAGAGUUGUAGUUUAAAUCAUUGUCGUUUUUUUUUUCCAUGUCAAGAUAUGUUAUUAGUCAAUGUGCCGUGGUAAAUACAUAACCCUCGGCUAUAUGUUAUGUAUCCAAUGGUUUAGAGAAGCAUCAAUUUCAGCAUAGAAAUCAAAUGUCUUCGUGUUUUUGUUCAUUUAUAUUGUAUAUAGCAAUGUGUUCUUCUUACAAAUGGAUGCUCUUUUUAGUGGGCUUAAUAUGUUGAUGGGUUAACGUUACAAUAGGUAAAAUUUAGCAUUAUAUUCAUUUUGAAGAUGUUGGUAAAUUGUGAUACUAAUGAUGUGUCAAAUUGUACUUAUUUUAUUAUGCUAUCAGUUUAAUAAUCAUUUUUUAAAAUUUCAAAUACAGUAGUGUUGGUAGCUUUUCCCGCAUGUGGGACACGCAUAUUUUUGGGGUCCUGGUGGAAAUGGAGGCUGUUCUGUGCGCUUUCUUUCAGAUGUUAUAUUAAAUAUAUGGUUGGCAAAAGUUUAAUUUUUUGGUUAGUAGAUGAUUGCACUUAGGCUUCACGUAACAUUUUCAUUAAAUUUAUUGCACUUCAAAAUGAUGGGUUUUUUUUUGUUGGUUUUUUAUAAUUACUUUUAUGUUUCCCAUUGAUCCUUAUUCCAAAUGCCAUUAAAACCUGCUGGUUCAGGUUUGUUCAUUAUUUUAAAUACUCUCAAAAACAUUGAUUCAUCUCAUUCCAUAAAGUUGUGUUGUUGUUUUUUUUGAGACACACAUAUUCCAAAUUUUUUUUUUUAAACCUUAUAUUCUUAUUUAUGUACAUCACUGUAUGUUUUUAUAAAUUUGGGUUUCAAAAUGAAACAAUUUUAUCAUCUUCAAUGUUUAUUUUAGAUUUCAUAUAAAAAAAAAUUUUUGGCCUGUCAUUACAUUAAGUACCAAGCCAAGAUAAAUCUUUAAGUUACUAUAACUUAUAACAUUGCUUAAGAGAACAUUCGUUGUUGUUUGUUUAGAUAUAUACAUUUGUAAAAAAAAAUUUUUAUGGACUUUCCUUCUUGUUACUAAUAUUAUCAGUCAUAUGCAACAUGAAAAAUUCACUUUUAUGUAUAGAAAGGUGAGUAUAUUGAAGAAAUAAUGUACGGUAAUAAAGCAUUGUGUAACGCUGGUUAAAUAAAAUAAACAAAAAAACUCAAAAUGUGUAAUUUUUGUGAAGUGUAACUACGGAUUACUCCAAAAUUUCACUGUGAAUUUUGUCAUGCAUGAAAAUUAAAUACAACUUGUUAGUCUAAGAUCAAAUAAAAGCUCAAUUAUUUAAUUUAACUCCUUUAUUUACAGCAAUAAAACAUAUAAAGCAC